AUGUACACAUCCCUGUGGUCAGCCCCUCCGCACUGGUCAGGUAGGAGCUGCUGCUCUCCCGAGGGGCUGGAGCGCCCGUAUCCCAACUCGGGCCCAGAUGCGAGGCAGCUCGGGCUCCCUGACGCCCAGCAGCACUCUCAGAACACCUUCGGGGUGGCCGGCUGGCCACACGCGCACGGAGGAAGGACAGGGGGGGUCAAUGCCCCGACCUGGCUGACCCAGCCCACGUACAGCAACCUUGGCGAGGUCCGUGCCCGCCUGCUGCCCUCCAAGGGCUGCUGCUCUCGGACAUCUAAGCGCCCUACUACUGACCCGCAGCCCCUGCCCAAGAAGACCCUGACCAGGGCCCAGUCGCUGCCCACCCACAAGUCCCCCAGCCCCGGCCCCACUCGAGCUGCAGGGAAGCCUCAGAAGCCCCUUCUGGGAUCCCGCAGUGUGCACGAGAGCCAGGCAGGCGACGACAGGGCGGGGCCAGCCUGUCCCCCUGCAGAGCUACCCUUCUGCUCGCUGGACAAGGAACUGGGCCUCUCCCUCCGCGCGCUGGAGGCCCGGCAGCUGGAGGGCCUUCGCGCCGUGUACGCCCGGCUGCACGCCCGGCUCCCGGGGGGCCUCCCGGGCCUCUGCCGCCUCGGCCACCGCUUCCGCCUCCUGGACAGCUCGCCCUGCGUGGAGAGCUGGGACGCCCUCUACUACCGCCUGGUGCGGAGGGACAAGGAGGAGUGGCACCUCCUGGCUGCCAAGGUGCCCAAGCCAGGAGCUGACGAGCCCUACACGUGUGGCCUAGGGCCGCAGGCCGCGCUGGCUCCGCAUUUCAACCUCCAGGAGCUGUGUGGUCUGGCGCCCGAGGGCGCACUUCCCGAGACGCCCUGGAGCAGCCCCGUGGCGCUGGCGGCGGAGGUGCCGGAGCUCACGGUGGUCCAGUGACUUGUGGAGACAGGCGCGCAGCCGCCCGAGGAGUUCGAGGCCGUGGCCCUGCUGCUUCUGCCACUCCGGGAGCGCCCGGAGGCCCUGCUGCUGGCGGCACCGCGGGGCUGCUCAGCCGCCAGGCCCCGGCGCCUGCUGCUGGCGGACUUUGGCCGCGUGCCCCCUCGACCCCCCGGCCGCCCACGCGCGGCAGCUGGGCCGCCCACUCAGAGCUGCUUGGCCCCGGGCGCGCCCUUGGCCACGUCCUUGGCCGUGGGCCUGGAGCACCUGGCGGCCCAGCUGGCCCGCGCGCAGCCCUCGGCGGCCGGGACGCGCGGCUUGCUGCAGGUGCUGCUCUGGGGGUCCGGGCCCAAGCUGCGCGGCUGCGGAGCCCCGCUGGGGUCCUGGCUGCGGACGCGCCGCGCGUUGCUGGUCCUGCACCUAGCCGAGUGGGCCGUGGUGGGUGGGGAGGUGCCCAGCCUGAAAGACUGGCUGUGCUGUGAAUACCUGGCCGAGGCCACCGAGGACUCCUUGUACCCUCGCCCUGGAGCUGCUGUGGAACUGAUCCUUCCCUGUGCAGAACCGCUCCCACCGCCUUCCAGCAGAAGCCAGGAUGCCCUUCUCAUGCUGGGGUCUGAUGGCCACUGUCUCCAAGACAGUGUGGACACUCCUCCGGACGGUGGCAUCAGAGGCAUUCCAGGCCCUGGAACACCCCCUUGUGCUGUGAACGACCUCGUCAAGAACUGCUUGGGGCCUCCCGGGGGAGGGAGGAUCCCUGGAACCUGA